GAGAUAGAUGCUUGAUGUGCUGGCUAUAGCAUCCAGCAGUGGUGUGGUACGGUCUAUGCUGCUCUGACGCGUUGCUGAGGAGGCUGCCUGACUGCGUAGGAGGAGAUGUAUCUCGGUGAAGGGUAAACAGGGAAGAGGUAGGUAGGGAGGAUGUGAUGGAGAGAGAGAGUGAAGCAAGAGCACGUGAUUGGGUGAGAGGGUGGAGAUGCGCAUGGCAUGCCGAGGGUGGAGCUUAGCAUCAGGCAAUUCCUGCUCUCUGUUUCUUUCUCUCCUCUGUCUCUCCUCACACUCACGGCAUCCUCAUUUUUCCGCUCACGUCUAGUAAGUUCACCUGCUCUCCCUUUCUUGUCCUUCAUCCUCCUCUUUGUGGGCUAUUUCAGUGGACUCUUGUGUGUUCUUAUGGACUAUCAUUCGCUUCCUCCCAACUUGGUCUGAGCAACAGGGGGGCUUUCCAGGCACCAGCACUCCCUCUCUCGGUUUUCAUCCCCCUCACUGGGGGAGGAGGGGGGACUAAGGGUGGGGGUGUAUAGCACCUCCUGGGGCAGUGUGGGGGUAAUACGGAGGCGGAUAGGUGUGGAGGGAGUAGGAGUGGUGAGGAUGGUAAUGCCGGCCCGUGGCUCUACCUUCUUCCUGCUGCUACUGCAUCUCUGUAGGCUGUGUGUCUCAGGGGCACAGCCCUGCUUCCUCUUCUCGUCAUGAGCCUUGCAGCAAGGGUCUCCUGCUCUGUGCUCAACUGCUUUGGUGAAGAAGGACCCCCCAGUCUGGAGUAUAUCCAGGCCAAGGACUUGUUCCCUCCGAAAGAGCUGGUCAAGGAGGACGACAGCCUCCAGGAAUGCGGUUCUGAAUAUAAACAGCCACUUCUCCACUGUUGGCAUUUCCACCUUUGGCAUCCAACAGACAUUGCAGCUCUGCUUCUAACUCAGAAGAGCUUCUGGACAUCUGAACAGCGAUUACUCACCUCCAACCGGACAAAGAUUUUUUUGUUAACGAGUCCGACGCAAAGGAUACACUGCUUUCUCCAGACCAGGCCCAAAUCCCCGUCAUUUGCGUGAAGAAAAGACUGAGAAAGAGGGGGUGGAGGUCGGGCUGCCAUCCGAGAAUUCGUAGACGAAGACGUGGCUGAACGACGACAUGGAUACUAAAGAGCUGGCUGGAUAUUCUGUGCGUCGGCAGGACAGAGAAGCUAUGUCUGGUGCCGUUCCCAGCUCUGCAGGGGGAAGGGGUGGAGUAUCUAGGCCGAGCCAAUGACACCAUCAUCGCCAUCUCCAACUACAGGCUCCACAUCAAGUUUAAGGACUCCAUUAUAAAUGUGCCUCUGAGGCUCAUAGAGAGUGUGGAGAGCAGAGACAUGUUCCAACUGCACAUCAUCUGCAAGGACUCCAAAGUCGUCAGAUGCCAUUUCUCGACAUUCAAGCAGUGCCAGGAGUGGCUGAAGCGUCUGAACCGGGCCGUAGCCCACCCUGGCAGGCUGGAGGAUCUGUUUGCCUUGGCCUACCACGCCUGGUGUCUGGGGGGCAGCGCAGACGAUGAGGACCAGCACCUACACCUCUGUAGACCAGGUGAUCAUGUCCGUCAGAGGCAGGAGAUGGAGGUGAGGAGGAUGGGCUUCGACAUGCAAAACGCCUGGAGAGUGUCCGACAUCAACCUCAACUACAAGUUGUGCUCCAGCUACCCCCAGAAGCUGCUGGUGCCAGUGUGGAUCACAGACAAGGAGCUGGAGAGUGUCGGCUCCUUCAGGUCCUCCAAGAGGAUCCCUGUGGUGAUCUACAGGCACCAGAGGAAUGGGGCAGUGAUCGCCCGUUGCAGCCAGCCAGAGAUCAGCUGGUGGGGCUGGAGAAACACAGAGGAUGAAUACUUGGUCACCUCCAUCGCUAAGGCCUGUUUGAUGGACCCAGGGGCCAGGGUCACCUGUGGGGCCGCAGCCUGCAGCCGGCCCCGAGGGGAGGGCCCAGACAGCUCCGACGGCGACUUUGACUCCUCUCUGACAGGAUGUUCAGGCCCUGAUGCCAACGCUGCGCCACAGAAGCUUCUCAUUCUCGACGCCCGCUCCUAUACCGCUGCAGUGGCCAACCGCGCCAAGGGAGGUGGCUGCGAGUGUGAAGAGUACUACCCUAACUGUGAGGUGAUGUUCAUGGGCAUGGCCAACAUCCACUCCAUUAGGAACAGCUUCCAGUCCCUCCGAACAGUCUGUAGCCAGAUCCCUGACCCUGGGAACUGGCUUUCUGCUCUGGAGAGCACCCGUUGGCUGCAGCACCUAUCCGUCAUGCUGAAGGCUGCCACUCUAGUGUGCUCUGCUGUGGAAAGGGAGGGACGUCCUGUCCUGGUGCAUUGUUCAGACGGGUGGGACCGCACCCCACAGAUUGUGGCUCUUGCCAAGAUCUUGCUGGACCCCUUCUAUAGGACACUAGAGGGUUUCCAGGUACUGGUGGAGACAGAGUGGUUGGACUACGGUCAUAAGUUUGGCGAUCGCUGCGGUCACCAGGAGAGUGCUGAGGAUGUGAAUGAGCAGUGUCCUGUCUUCCUACAGUGGCUAGACUGUGUUCACCAGCUGCUCAAACAGUUCCCCUGCUUCUUCGAGUUCAACGAGGCAUUCUUGGUCAAGCUGGUUCAGCACACAUACUCGUGCCUCUACGGGACGUUCCUGUGUAACAACGGGCGGGAGAGAGAGGCCCGCAACAUCUACAAACGCACCUGCUCCAUCUGGUCUCUGCUCCGCACCGGCAACAAGAACUUCCAGAACUUCCUUUAUAUUCCCUGUCAUGAGAUGGUGCUGCAGCCGGUGUGCCACACCCGGGCCCUGCAGCUGUGGACGGCCGUCUACUUGCCCACCUCCUCCCCCUGCACCGCUGCCGAGGACGCCAUGGAGCUCUACCUGUGCCCCUGCGCACAGGGAGAUGAGCUCACCUCACAAUCUCUCGACAGGCUUCCUAAGUCUCGCUCCAUGGACAACCUGGUGUCGGCCUGUGAGAACGGGAUGGCCCUCACCCGCACCUCUAGCGACCCCAACCUCAACAAGCACUGCCAGGAGGGCCGUACUGCCCAUGGCUUGGAGCCUAUGGCUGCUAUAGGAGGAGGGGCGGAACCCGAUAGCCCCGAGGACGUCAGCCCUGACACGGGAUUGGACGACAAUGACUCGGAGGUGGAGCCUGUCACUCAGACUCCUCCUACCACACCCCUGGAGAUGGAGCCAAGGGAAGAGGGCUUUGAGGAGGAGGAGUUGAGAGAGGAGAUUUGUCUGACGACACAACCUCUGCCCUCCCUGCCCCUCCCCCCCGUCACUCUGGAGAAGGGCUUCCCCCACCCCACCCCUCUCCCCCUGCCCACACCCAUUCUCCUCCAUUCCCUCCCCCAGACCACCAGCCCCCAUUGCCCUCCACCUCCCUUGCCACAACAGGUGGCUGACAGCCGCUACAGGACUGCUGAGGUCACUACCCACCCUGCCCGGGCAGCAGAAGCAUGCCUACCUUCCCCACCUGCCUGGAAGGGCCCACUACCGGCAGCUGUUCUGAAUGGGCCUAUCACCAAUGGCCUCCAGAACAGCCACUCAGUGUCUGCAGAGCUGCCGGCCCUCGAGCAGCUAGUUCCUCUAUUCUCUAUGGCCAUGGAAGACUCCACAGAGACCCUCACAGACAAAGCAGAGGCCCCACCAACACUGCCCCACAGCAGGAGAGAAAGUCUGGGCCAGACCCAGGCCCCAGAGUGGGCCUUACCCCAGGCCCAGACCCAGGCCCAGGGAACGGAGAGAGAAGGGAAGAGGACAGAGGUUGUAAGUGGUAGAGAGCUGGUGCCUCUGAGAGAAUGUGUAGUAGCAGUACCAAGAGUAGCAAUGGCCUCCGCAUCUACAGUGUCCCCUGUUGACAACAGCCAGGUAGUGGCGGUGCGACACCCGGUCUCCCAGAGCCAACUGAGUGUCAGUGAGGAGCUGUCUCUCCUGGGCUCCCACUGGGAGAGUGUCCAGGGCCUGGUCCAGUCUGGCCUCCCAGCCAAUCUCUCCUCAGGUCUCUGUCGGGCCCUCCAGCCCACCGCCUACCAGAGUCGACGCCUGGCUGGCAAGCUGCUCCGUGCCCAGGGCAUGGCCGUGUCCAACGGGUUGCCUAACGGGGGUUCGCAGUGCUGCCGCAGGGAGAAGGAGGAAAGGGUCCGUGGCCCGGCCCCAGCCAGCUCCAGCCCAGUCCAGUCAGGCUGGCUCUCUGCAGUCAGAAGCAGCUCAGGCUAUGCUGCCAUCUGCAGCCAAACCAGCACCAGCACUCCACCCACCUCUUCAACCGGCCAGUUCUUACCAGCCUCUCCCUUCUCCCCGCCCUCCCUGGCCUACCUGGAUGAUGACGGGCUGCCGGUGCCCAUGGACGCGGUGCAGCAGCGUCUCAGGCAGAUCGAGGCGGGAUAUAAACAGGAAGUGGAAGUGCUGAGGAGACAGGUGCGCCAGCUGCAGAUGAGGCUGGAGAGACAGUACGGCAUGCCGCCCUCUGAGCCUGACGUCGACUACGAGGACGACAUUACGUGUUUGCGUGAGUCAGACGACAGUGACGAGGAGGAAAGUCUGUCGGAUCACAGCGAGGACUGUUUCUCUGAGGGCAGCUGGGACAGAGUGGAGCAGAAGGACACAGAGGUCACCAGGUGGGUGCCCGAUCACAUGGCCUCCCAUUGUUUCAACUGCGACUGUGAGUUCUGGAUGGCCAAGCGACGACAUCACUGCAGGAACUGUGGCAAUGUGUUCUGUAAAGACUGCUGCCACCUGAAGCUGCCCAUCCCAGACCAGCAGCUGUAUGACCCUGUCUUAGUGUGUAACGUCUGCUAUGACCUGCUGCUGGAGGCUAGGAACAGAGAGAUCUGCAGCCAGCAGCUCAAGAAGCCCAUCGCCACAGCCUCCAGCUGAGAGACAGGAGAGAGAGCCCCUUACUGAGUGUCCCAGUCCUGGCUCAGUCUGGCCUGGCCUAGUUCAGUUUGGCCCGGUUAGGACCUGGAUCAGCACCUUCUUGGAUCAGCUUGAGCCAUGUGCCCUGCUCCUUACUACCCUAACAUGCUCUGGUCUUGGCUGUGUGGGAAGAUGAGGAGGACUUGUGGUUGCUCUGUGGCAGGGAGGCGAAGCUUGAGAAUGGAGAAAGGCCACUGACCACUGGGGAUGAGAGACUGACUGAGGAGUGGAAGAAGAUAGGGGAUGACAGUGAAUUAACUGAGUGAGGGAGAUGGAUGAGGAAGAGUUGUUAUGGAGGCUAUCCCACUGAGUUGAACCCCUUUUGGUCUAACACAUUUCCAGCCUGGAAGGAAGGCUGCAGCAUCCUGCUGUCCUGCCCUGGGGCUAUUGUUCUCCACUGGUGCCUCAGAUACCCCCUGAUGCCCCAUGCCACCCCCUGCUCCUGUAGCGCCAUCUCAAACCUACCUGAAUGUCCACCCCCAUUCUAGAGCAUCCCUCUCACUCACACACGCCCUCCCAAGUGUUGGUGACUCCAAAACUUUACCUGUUAAAUGGAGGCUGAUGACAAAUUUAACAAGAAAAAGAAAAAAUGCUGCUACAGUAUUUAAGUCUAAUUUUGUAUUCUUAUUCUUUUGUGCACUGCAAGCUGUUUGUGUAUUUAAGGGAAUUUGAGACCAAACUCGACCGAAAGGGAGAAAUCUGCUGUUUUACUUGCUGUUGUAUCUUUUUGUGGAGCUUGAAUGUAAAUGUUAGAAAUGAAAUGGACAAGUGUGUUGGAGUAACUGGAAGACUGACGGUAAUAUUUGAUUAUGCGGUAACACUUGACACCCAGCAUCACAAAACGUUAUGACGUGGUCAUAACCAUUUCAUAUGUCAUAACAGCUGACAUAAUAUAAUAUAAUAUGGUCAUAACACUCAUGACACAUAUUUAGACUUGUUGUGACAUAUAUUGUGUUAUUUUAUGGCUGGUUAUGACACCUACAUAAGAGUAAAAACACACAAAACCUACCACAGUAGUUAUUUUAUGGCUGGUUAUGACACCUACAUAAGAGUAAAA